GCAGGUCCCGCCCCCGAAAGGCGCGUUAGAGUCCGGGCUUGAUCUUCCGCCUCGCGAGGCUCUACUUCGGAUCUGGUGGCGAGCGCCGCGGGUGUAGAGCGGAGCCGUGCUGAGCUGGCUGGCGGGCGGGCUGGGGUGCCGCCAGCGCGCGGCGAGCCAUGCUAGGGGGCACCUCCCGUGCUCGAGAGCGGGAGGCGGAGGGCGCCGCGGCUGGGCCUUUGCCGGCGCCGCCUGCCAUCGAUUUCCCGGCCGGUGGCUCGGAUCCCAAGUAUGACGAAUCUGAUGUUCCAGCAGAACUCCAGGUGUUAAAAGGACCCCUGCAGCAGCCGACAUUCCCUUUUGCUGUUGCAAACCAACUACUGCUCGUUUCUCUGCUGGAACACUUGAGCCAUGUGCAUGAGCCAAACCCACUUCAUUCAAGACAAGUGUUUAAAUUACUUUGUCAGACAUUUACCAAAAUGGGCCUGCUGUCUUCAUUCACGUGUAGUGAUGAGUUUAGCUCGCUGAGGCUGCAUCACAAUAGAGCCAUCACUCAUUUAAUGAGGUCAGCUAAGGAGAGAGUUCGCCAGGAUCCUUGUGAGGAUAAUUCUCAUAUCCAAAAGAUCAGGUCAAGGGAAGUAGCUUUUGAAGCGCAAACUUCACGUUACUUAAAUGAAUUUGAAGAGCUUGCCGUCUUAGGAAAAGGCGGAUAUGGAAGAGUGUACAAGGUCAGAAAUAAAUUAGAUGGUCAGUAUUAUGCAAUUAAAAAAAUCCUGAUUAAGGGUGCAACUAAAACAGAUUGCAUGAAGGUACUACGGGAAGUGAAGGUGCUGGCGGGGUUUCAGCACCCGAAUAUUGUAGGCUAUCACACUGCUUGGAUAGAACAUGUUCAUGUGACCCAAAGCCAAGGAGAUAAAAUUCCUACUCAGUUGCCAUCUCUGGAAGUGAUAUCUGUCCAGGAUGAUGACAGAGGUCAGUACGAUGUUAAAAAUGAUGAAAGUAACAGUUCAUCCAUUAUCUUUGCUGAGGUCACCUCCGAAAAAGAAAAAUCCUUAGGAAAAUCUGGCAUUGAAAACCAGAAUAACCGACUGGUGAACUACACCACUAAUGUAGUCACAAGGGACGCCAGUGAACUCGAAUCAUCCCUUUUGCUCCAAGAAAAUGGCUUGGCUGAUUUGUCUUCCAGAGCAGUUGUUGAGCAUCAGCUGCCAUUUAGGCAUGAUUCAGACUUAGAAGAGAAUUUCACAUCCACUGAGGACUCUUCAGAAGAAAACAUAAACCCGUGGGGGCAGACAGAGGUGCAGUACCACCUGAUGCUGCACAUCCAGAUGCAGCUGUGUGAGCUCUCACUGUGGGACUGGAUCACGGAGAGGAACUGGCGGGGCCAGGAGGCUGUGAACGAAUCUGCAUGUCCUUAUGUUAUGGCCAGUGUUGCGACAAAAAUUUUUCAAGAAUUGGUGCAGGGUGUAUUUUACAUACAUAGCAUGGGAAUUGUACACAGAGAUCUGAAGCCCAGAAACAUUUUUCUUCAUGGCCCUGAUCAUCAAGUCAAAAUAGGAGACUUUGGUCUGGCCUGCACGGACAUCAUACAAAAGAACACAGACUGGACCAAUAGGAAUGAGAAGAGAGCACCAGCACAUACCUCCAGAGUGGGUACUUGUCUGUACGCCUCACCUGAACAGUUGGAAGGAUCCGAGUAUGACGCCAAGUCAGAUAUGUACAGCUUGGGCGUGAUUCUGCUGGAGCUCUUUCAGCCGUUUGGAACUGAGAUGGAGCGAGCACAGGUUUUAACAGGUUUAAGAACUGGUCAGAUACCUGAAUCCCUCAGUAAAAGAUGUCCCGUACAAGCCAAGUAUAUCCAGUACUUAACUAUAAGGAACUCAUCUCAGAGACCGUCUGCCAUUCAGCUGCUGCAAAGUGAACUUUUCCAGAAUUCUGGAAAUGUUAAUCUCACUCUACAGAUGAAGAUACUAGAGCAAGAAAAAGAAAUUGAAGAACUAAAGAAGCGGCUAAGCCUCCUUUCUCAGGACAGAGGGGUUAAGGAUGACAUACAAGAUGGUGUGCCUGGCUAGUUGUAAAUAAUUAGGCAUGAGUAUGAUAGUGGACUUACAAGCAAAAUCAUCAACUGGAAUGUAAAUUUUGUAUUAGGGUUUAGAUGGUGCAGUACUUACAGUUAGUAAGCUUGUACAUGACUUAUUAAAGUGGUUGUAAAUAGCCCUGACCACUUUUUCCUUAAAUAGCUCUAUUGUGUAGUAGCAUUUUGAAUUUACGACUGCCCUAAACUAAGCCUCUUUUGCUUUCCUUUCUCCUAUCCCAGGAUUUCUGAAUAUUACCAAUCAUGCAGUCUCUCAAAGUGGAGUUCAGGUAGCAUCCUUAAUUUUUCUCCUUUGAACUCUGUUGACCAAGUCCUCCUCUGGAAGUUUCUUCUGCAGAAACCUAAGUAUGUUCCCCAUCCCAUCACUGGCCAAGCCUAGGCCUGCACACCAGCUGGGCUGUUCCAGUUCUGACAGGUGCCAGUCUUCCUAACUCUUUCACGCUGCUGCCACUCCAUUUCCAGAAAGACAUCAGCGAUUCCCUGGCUUAAAAGCUUCUGCUGGCUCCCUGCUGCCUCCAAGAUAAAACUGCUUUUUAGCACAGUAUACAUCAUCCAGCCUGCUUGUUUUCCCCUUCAGCUUAGCACUAUCCCCGGUUCACGCCCUUUCAGAGCUUUGUACUUCUUGCCCCCAAAAUGGUCUCAAGGCAGCUGUCAGCAGUGUUUCCUGCCUUUGCCCUACCCUGUUCCUCCCAUGGCAUCCUGUGUUAUAGCACUUGGCUCCCCACCAGCCCAGAGUCCUCAGAGGCAGUGAUGUGGUAUGUCCAUUUUUGUAUCCUGAAGUGUCUGCCACAUAGCUGGCAGUUGUUAUAUGCUGCACAUGAUGCUGAAUUUUAAAUAAAAUGAAACCUACAAAUUG